CCCUGCUUCUUUUAUUUUAUUCUGCCUCGUCGAUAUAUUAUUAUUUUUUCGACCUACAUAGAGAAAAUCAUAAAUAUGAAAUAUUUUACAACCUCACGGGGGUGUUCACUAUAAGAGCUGUUUUAAAAACGUAACACAGUUGACACUACUUGUUUGCUUUUUAAAAAGAUUCACUCCUUUUCCAUUAAUGUAUAACAAAUCAUGGACGACGUGGACAGUAAUACAUUAGAUGGCGAUUUAGUAGAUAGUAAUUUAGACAGCCAAAUUCUCGAUGAAGCAGAAAUUGGCAAUGAUUUAUUAGAUGGGGGUGCACUAGACACAGAAGCAGUAGAUUUUGGUGCACCAGAAAGUGAAGCAUUGCUUAAUGAUGGAUUCGAAGGCGACGUGCUAGAUGGUGGUAUGCCAACCGAUAAUGUGGUGUUAGAUGAUAUACCAGAUGAGGGAAUGUAUACCCAGGAUAAUGUAGACGAUACCGCGAUGAACCCCGAUUUUACGGAUAAGGCAGGCUUAGGUGAAGAAAUAAUGGAUCAUGAAAUGUUAGGCGAUCAGCCAAUGAGUGAGGAAAUGCUAGGUGACGCAAUGGCAGGUGAUGCAUACGGAACCGAAGAAAAUGUAGAUGUACAGUACGAUACUGAAGGAGUGGUAGACAGUGAAUAUCAAGCCGAUGAAGCGCCAUAUGGUGAUGACGUAGUUGAAGAAAUGCCAGAUGCUGAUUACGCGUCUGAAGAACUAGACGGCAUGGACGAUACUACUCUAGGAGAGAUUAAUUCAGAGGACGUUAAUCUAGAAACUGAUGAAUACGCAAAUGUGGACACAGAAGAUAGCCACUACGAUAAUGUAGAGGCAGGAACUAGCGAUUAUGUAGAAACCGAAAAAGUAGAACCCGCUGUAGUAGAGAGUGUCAACACUGUUAGUAGAAAUACUCCUGGUAACAGAAAUAACAUGUUUCGUGGUAACGUGCUAGGCGGUGGUAGUGUAUUGAGUAGAGAAAUGUUAGAUAAAGCUUUUCUCGCUAAAUUUGAAGACAGUGGUUUUCUCCAGAGACUAAAAGAUAGCUAUAGGAACUUCUUCACGCCAAAGGGUUUUUUAGGUUUCUUUCUUUCACUUUUAAGUAUUGCUUUAUUCACAAUAAUGUGUGCGAAUUUUCUGAAGCAACUUUCAGUGUCGAUAGAGAGGCAGCAAGAGAGUGUCUAUGCCAAACAGGAUCCAUUUUUGACUAAUAAGGGAGAGAACUUUUAUGAACCCACCCCAGAUUCAACGGAAAGAUGGAAAGAAAACGAAUGGUACAUGUGGAAGAAAAAAUUGAAUAGCAGCUGGGAAGAAUUCAACAGUUCUGUAGAAAAUGGAAAAAGAAAAUGGCUUGUUAAUAAGGACAAAGAUUGGGAAGAUUGGCUAAAAGUUAUGGAAAAAAAAUGGAUGCAUUAUAAUGAAAGAAUGGAAAGAGAAUACAAAUCAGACCUUUUUGAAAGAUCUGCAGACUGGGAUGACCAACAGUGGGAAGAAUGGAUCAGAACAGAAGGAGAACAAUUCAUGGAGUUAGAUUGGAAAAAAUGGAUGUAUGAAAAUAAGUUCCUCUUAGAUGACUGGGCUUCAAAAGAGUGGGCCAAAUGGAAAAAAGACAAAAUCAUGUCAUGGUUAUUAAGUGACUGGAAACUUACUGAACAGAAAUAUUGGGAUGAUUGGGAAAAUAAAGCAUGGCCAAGAUUUGUAUAUUUAAGAGACAGAGAGAACUGGAUGAGAUGGAAAGAAAGAAUAAAUAGGGAAUGGGAAGAGUGGACAAGCUGGGUACAGGAUAAAGAUAAAGUAUUCGUAAAUAACAAAUGGGUUGGUUGGUCCAAAUGGAGAGAUGAUAGACGAGCUUUGUUUGAUGAUUGGAUGAAGCCGUUUAUUGAAAAAUGGAUAAAUCAAAAACAGUGGAAAGUGUGGAAAGAAGAAAGAGAUUAUGCACUUAGGAGAAAUAAUUCCUAA